UAGCCUUCGGCCUCUUCGGUUGCGUUUUCUGCUGAAGCAGUAGAAUCAGAAGACAGGCUGUCACUGGGUGGGUCGGUUGAUAUGCUGUAUUUCCGCAAAAGUCUAUGAUCCUGUUAAGUUGCUUGGGCUGAACAAUUAAUUGAAAAGACGCAGACUCUACUCUCUGCUUGGUUCAAUAAGAAAAGUUAUGGGUGUGCAUGGGCUCUGGCAGUUGCUCCAGCCUUCAGGGCGACCGGUGUCUCUUGAGUCUUUGGAUGGAAAAGUUCUUGCUGUUGAUGUCAGCAUUUGGUUGCACCAGACCUUGAAGGGAAUGAGGGACAAGGAUGGGAACCCUGUGCCAAAUGCACAUUUACAGGGUCUCUUUACUCGUGUAUGCAAGCUGCUCUAUUACAAGAUCAAACCGGUCUUUGUCUUUGAUGGUGGUGUUCCUGUCCUCAAGAGACAGACUCUGGCUGCAAGGAAAGAGAGGAAAACGGAAGCGGAAAGAGAGAGCAGCGACAUCGCUCAGAAACUUCUCCGCAAUCUAAUGCGCAGCCAGGUUGUGAAAGGAGCAUUGGGAGAUGGCGGGAACACGAGUGGCCGUGUGCCAGGUGUCCGUAGGGGGAAGAAUAACCGAGAUGAGGACAUGUUUGAACUCACACCCUUGCCUGAGGCCGAGGAGAUUGGUUUGAACCUCAAUGCAGAAGAAUGGGAACGAGAAUUCGAGCAACAGGAAAACUGGAUUAAGGAAGGCCUGGCAGCACUUAGUGACGUCCACCCGGACUCCGAUGAGUUCAAGACGCUGCCCAUGGAGAUCCAGCACGAGGUUCUCAGCGAACUGAAGGAGAGGAGGAAAUACCACAGUCUCAGCAGGCUUACCAAGAUGCCGGAGGAAUCGGAUGACUUUUCCUCGUACCAGUUAAAGAAACUGAUGAAGCAGAGCACUCUGACCAAUCGCAUCGAAGCAAUCAAGAAAGACAUGGGGAACAAGACGACGGCCGAUCUAGCAUAUUCGAUGGGUGAUGACUAUUACGGGGACGAUGUGGAGGCCAGGAGGAUUGUGUCGGAAGACACGUCACAUUAUAUUCUCAUGAAAGGAUUGACAAAGAAGAAGCAGGAGGAGGAGGCUGAGAGGUUUGUGGUGGAGAGUAUGGUGAAGAAAGAAGAGUCGGACGAUGAGGACGAAUAUGCGACGGCGCUAGGAAAGAGUAAACCUCCUUUGUCAAAGGAUGCAGGGACAAAGAAAACUGGCGUGUCAAAAAAGGAAGGUGAGGCUGAUGUUGCUGGCUCUGACUCUGAUAGUGAUAGAGAGAUACUAGCCUCGGUGUUGAGGAAAGGAAGACAAGGGAGGAAAAGGAGGAGAUCUUCUGCCAUGGAUGUGAUGGGUGUCGAUGGGUCACGGUCGUCAUCAAAGCCACAGACUGGUGGAGAGAUGAAGAUUACAGCGACAGAGCGAGAGAAUGAGGAAGGAGAGUGGGACAGUGGAAGUCGAUCGGACGUGGGGAUCAUGGAUAGCACAAGUUCAUCUGAAGACGAAGGUUUCAUCGAGAUCAACGUAGAUCCCUCUGCCCCUGUUGUGGAGGACGAGCUGUUUCCUGCGGGGAUAUUUGACGUAGUUGCCACAGAAGGUUCUCAUGUUGCAGAAAAAGCUGAACUGACAAAAUCAUUUCCAUCGUCUGUGGAGGCAAGAGUCGGAGAACCAGCUAAAUCUGAAAAGACUCGGAGACUGGGUCAUCGGAAACAAAAAGAUGGCAUGGUUGUUUCUAAAGGGGAGAUAGUUUCUGAUAGAGGUGACCCGAAAAAGAAGUCUGCUGGUGAUGGUGACAAAGGAAGUUUGAAUAAAGAUGAGUCAAAGACGUCAGCUCAGGCUGAGAAUGCAGGGGAGGGCCAUAAACGUAAAAAUGUGAUGAGUGACAUUUUGAAAGAACUACAGCAGAAGAAGCAAAAACUGUUGGAAAGUUUGGAAGGGGAGGAGGAGAAUUUGACAGGCAUGGAUGAGGAGACCGGUGAAGGGGAAGGGCUGGGCGAAGGAACGGAGAAAGAUGCCUAUUCUGCUGCUUCUGAGAUGAAGAAGAAAAGUGUUAUCGAAUCCGAUUCUCAAAGUCUGUCGGAGAGUGGGGAUUUUGAGAUGAAGACGGUCAAGGGAAAAUAUAUUUCUUCUGAUAGCGAAGACGAUGAACAACUGAAGCUGGCUAUUGAGUUGUCUUUGCAGUCAGCGCACUCUUCAGAAAAUGUUCCCUCCUCUUUGACUGCAGUUGAUGAUUCAACAAAGCAACCUGAAGUUAGGAAACUUAAAAGAUCCAGCCCAGCAAAACCAUCUAAAGUGACUGACUCUAAGAAGACAGCGGUGAUCUGUUCAGGAAGUGCGACAAAAUCUGGGAAUAAUAGUGAUGAUGAAGAUGAUGAUGGAGGUAAUGAUGUAGAAAUGGAUGAGGCAACGUCUCUGCUUUCCCGUGGUGAUGACUCCUCCAAACCUUCUUCUCCUCCCCCCCGACGCGAGUCUUUUCACCUCAGUCAGGAGCUGAAAAUUCUAGAGGAGGAAAAAGAAGCGAAAAAAGAAGACGACAACAGACGAGAAGGAGAAGAAGUAAAGGGAAAAGAAGAAGAUGAUGAAAUGGAAGAAGUUCUAGAGGACGUUAAUGAAAGGCAAAAGGGAGGCAGGAAAGAACAGCAUGACCAGUCGAAGGAGAAAGUGGUGAGUGGUGUCAGCGAAGACAGACUGCAGCCAGAAGACUUUGAGGAGGACCCAACAGAUUUGUACUACGCCUCUCUCAAUGAGGGAGAGUUGCUGGGUUUGAACUCAGAACUCGCCAGCGAACGGACGGCCCUGCUACUGGAACGAGGACGACAGAAUCGACUGGCUAUGUCUGUGACUGACCAGGUCAAUCUAGAGGCUCAGGAACUUCUUCGUCUGUUCGGCAUCCCGUACGUUGUGGGCCCCAUGGAGGCAGAGGCUCAGUGCGCCUACCUGGACAUCACUGGUCAGACUGACGGCACCAUCACUGACGACAGUGACAUCUGGCUGUUUGGCGGGCGUCGCAUGUACAAAAAUUUCUUCAACCAGAACAAGCAUGUGGAGUUCUACAGCUUUGACAGGAUCAGCAACCACUUCGGCAUCGGCCGUGAUCAGCUGAUCAACAUCGCACUGCUGUGCGGCAGCGACUACACCGAGGGCAUCCAAGGUGUGGGGCCGGUCAGAGCACUAGAGAUCAUGGCAGAGUUUCCAGGGACAGGCUCGGAGGGACUUCGGGCAUUCAGGACGUGGUGGGAGAAGAUGAAGAAACGGGAGCAGGUGGUUGGCAGCAAGACACGGGCCCGACUCAAGAACCUCAAACUGCCCAAUGGUUUUCCCAGUGAGACUGUAGUUCGGGCGUACCUGAGCCCGACUGUGGAUGAAUCGACCGAGUCCUUCGCCUGGAAAAUGCCAGAGCUGGACGUGCUCAGAGAUUUUGCCAAGUUGAGGUUUGGCUGGAGUCGGGAGAAGUCUGACCAGUCUUUGGUCCCAAUGAUGAAGCAGUUGACUCAGAGGAAGAACCAAGGUCGUAUCCACGCCUACUUUCAGCCUGAGUCAUUUGUCCAGUCUGCUAAGAUCAGGAGUGACAGACUGAAGAAAGCCUUGUCCCUGGUGAAAAAUUCUCAGGGGGGUGAUGAGGAGAGGGAGGAGGAGGAGGAUGAGAUGAGUGGAGAUAUAGAAACAAAACGUAUGAGGAAGGCUCAAGGAGGGAAAGGACGAGUUGUUGGGGAGAGUGGGAAGGGAAGUGAGAAAAGGAAGAAACAAGGAGGAAAAGGCAGGCAUGAGGAGGAGGAGAAGGAGGAUGAACAGGAUGAUCCAGAGGUAGAUGAGGAUGUGUCUGAUCAGGUUCAAAAUGUCGCAAAGAAAGGGAAGAAAAGACGGAUUGUUGGCAAAAACAGUGAGGAUGCAGAAAAACCGGCAGUUUCCGAAAAUGAAAAUGGAAUUCCAAAAGAGAAUUCUGGUGCUACUGUGGUGAAGUCUAAAGGCAGAAAGAUUCUCAAAGGUGCAAAAAACGUGGAUGAGAAGAGUGCAGGUCAUGAAAACAGCAACAGAGAUUCCUUUAUGACUGACAUGGCUGCUAAGGUGCUAAAUGCUAAGAAAAAAUUGGAAGAAAGAGAGAAAGGUCUUGUCAUGUGUGAAAAGCUUAAGGAGUGGGAGAGUGAUAUGAGCUCCACACAUAAUAUGGAUGUUGGUUCAUCUGUUCAGAGUGAAGAUGCUGCUACUUCAGAAGUUGGUAAAAGUGUCGGUGAUGAAAUUGUCAGUGGUCCCAAGGCAAAGAAAAAGUCUGUGAGAGGGAAACGAGAGACAGGAAGUGCGGAAAGUCGGCCGGCAAUGGGAUUGUUUCAACGAGGGAAGACAGGAGUCAUGUCUUUAGAAGCCAAACCUAAGUCAACAAAGGCAAAGGUCAGAAGAACUCGUGUUGCGGUUAAGAAGAAGGCGGUGAAUUUGUCGGAGAGUGACAGCAGCUGCAGUAGUAGUGGUGACGAGGAGGAGAGAGGGAGUAGGAAAGAUACUGGUGUAUUAGAGAGUGGCGGGCGCGGAACCGAACCUAAAACAGUGGGCAUUAAUAAGAAAGUGGUGUCCUCAGACAGCAAGCAAGUCCACAAUGGUGAUGGGGAAGACAAACAACAGCAGAGGGAAAACGUCCAAACCUCUCAUGUCCCUUCUUCUCAGCAAGUGUCGGGUAAAGCCAAGGAGAGAAAAAACACAACAGCAACUUCGCAAAGUCUUAAACCUGAAAGAAAUGUGCUUGAGAAGGAAUAUAAACAGGCUGCAGACGCUUCAAACUCUGUCAAAGUUAGCAGUGUGUUGAUGAAGAAAAAGAGAACUCCCAAGAGUGUGCAGAGUUCAUCUGUUGUGGGUGAGGAUUUGACUUCAAAUCCGCAGCGGAGUGAGGGUGAUUCUAGUGUUGAUAGAAUGAGUGGUGAUGUGGUAGCAGAGACAGAUAUGAGAGGUGAGGAGGAAGAAGUUGACAUCCGUAAAGCUGACGUCUCCAUCAUUAACAAACAAUAUCUCCCGUCAACCCUGGAGUAUCUGAACCAGCGCAGUCGGGGAGAGAAAUUUCUUUUGCAUCAGCUGCGAGGCAGCCGGGCGAAAAAUUCUAUUGAGCAGCGGUUGGAAGCCUUGGAGAUGCGACCAGAUUUAGCCACAGUUUUGCCCAAAAAGAAAGUGAACGUUUCCUCUGAGGGUGGGAAGAAACAGCAGAAGUCUAGGAAGAGGGCUACGCAGAGCUUUGAUGACAUUCUGGGCGGAAUGGAUGAACAGGUCGUAGGUCAACUGGAGAAACAGAGGGGGAAGAAACUUGGCAAGAGAGAGGAGUUUGGAGAAGGAAAGAAAGAAGUUGCUGGAGGAAAGAUUGGUGCUAAAAAAGAUCAUCAAAGUGGCAGUGAGAAACCAGGAGACAAGGCUGAGCUUAAAUUAAAAUCCAAUGUGUCAAGAGUUGGUGGAGGCGGUACAGGACAAAGCGUGAGGUCUGGUUCAGGAUCUAAGUCUAACAAAAGUGAUCAUAGAGGGAAAGGACGGGCAACUGCUGGUGAAGAGAUGCAGGUAGCAAAAAGUUCCAAUAGUUCAAGCUCUGGCAAGAAAACUCCUCUUUCAAAGUCAAGCUGCAGUGAUGAGACAAGGGUGGAAACCAUUUGUCAGUCACAGGAUGUGUUUGAAGGUCAAGGUGAGAGGAAGGGUAACUCACAGAGUGUGAAGUUUAGAGAGGAAAAGUCAGACACGAGACAAAGUUCACAAACCGAGGAGGAAGCGGCCAGGCAGAGAAGACUGAGAUGGGAACAAGCCAGGGCUUUGAAGUCUGCGCGCAGUCAAGCUUUUGACCAGCCCAUCGGUGGAACUGUAUGGGAUAAGGACGGGGAAAAUAUCAGCAAAAAAGGGAAGAAGUCGAAACUGGAAGACGAGAAAACGUCAAAUGUUGGACAAAUGGGAAAUGAUGGAACUAAAGUGAACAAAUUAAGAUUAGGACAAGUGAAAACAUUGAAACCCUCUCCCAGUCAGAGAUUAGAUCAACCUGUUGUUGAUUUUGAAAAUUUUGAUGAUGAUGAGGACGAAGAUUAUAUUGACCAAAUUAGUAAGUUGUAUAGACUUGAAGACGAAAUGUCUGAUAUGUCAAAUGUAAGAGGAAGUAAAGAUGAUAUUUCAGAACUAAGACUUUCAAGAUUUGAGAGAGAAAAAUCCCAGAAACCCCCUGGAAGCCACAGGUUUUCCCAGCCUCAUGUUGGCUUUGGUAGUGAUGAAGAUGAAGAUUAUACUACUAGCAAAAUGAGCAGAUUCAGAAAGCAGAUGGAACACAUACACGACCCAAAAUCCACCAAAGCUGGUUAUUUCCCUCUACAGGGAACCGCAACUCCAACGAUGGGUCUGGCUUUUGCCGGGAAGGGAAAAGGAAGAGGGAAGAACCGUAAUCCAGGUCUUACAAUGGUGAAGGGCAGUGGGAGGAAUGCAGGAAAAGGAAGUGGUGGUGGUGGUGGUGGUGGGUUUUUGCCAGAGAUCAGCGCCACAGAGAAUGUGUCAGCCGAGGAGAUAAUGGAGUUUGUGGACAUGGAGGAGCAUGACCUGGGGAGUGAUUUCAGUGACGUUGAUUAACUUGUACUGAGGGGAGAUGUCGUCUUCAGCAGUGAUGGUGACUAACUUGCUUGGGUAGAAUGGCCAUCACUGGUACUGGUAGGGAUGGUGAUUUUUUAGUGACUUUGAUUGUUGGUUCUCAAGGGAAGUGAGAUCAUAUGUAGUUGUGAUGGUGAUUUCAGUGAACUUGAUUGACUUACUUUAACUUAACAAAGUGAAGAGGUCAUCUUACUAGUAUAUCUGUAGUGUAAUGGUUAGGCUUUUUGCUGUUGCAUUCAAAGUCAGAUGUGAGUUUGAUUCUCAAAAUUCAAAAUAAGUUACUUUUUCAAGUAUUUUUGUCUGUCUGUCAGGAUGUUAUAUCCCACUCAGCUUGGGCAGUGUCUUUGCAGACUCAUAAUUCAAAUAAUUGAUUUCAAUUGUAUCGAUGAAGAGUGUGAUCUAGAGAAAGAUGAGAAUGUGUCGAAACAGGGUAAAAAUGUCCCAAAGGACAUGAGGAAAAGAUGGAUUGUCAGCGAAAAUAGUUGAGAUGCAGAAAAAACGCUGUUAUCAGGAAA